UUUUCCUGAAGUUUCUGUCGCGAAGCGUGUAGAUCUUGAAAGAGGGUGUUAUUUUUGAAAUUUUUGAAAUUUUCUAUCGCUGAUACAAGAAUCGAACUACGCUUCGAAAAUAGAUUAAUUUUGAAACUACGUUAUUAAAAUCGAAAACACUGUUUAAUUUCAUUUUCGUGAUUCUGUGCGUUCAAAAAAAUUUACUUAGAAAAUAUUACUUCAUUUCGUUUAAUUUUUUACCCGCAAUUUACUAUGAACGUUAAUUUAAAAAAUGUUUUAAAUGUUGUGUGAAGUAUUCUCAAACAUACUAUUAAAUAUCUUAUUGGUUUCAUCUGUUUGAUGUGAUCACAAAUUAAAUGUAAUAUGCAUAAAUCACAGAAUGAUUGGAACAUUGACAAACAUAACAGUGAAUCAGAAAGUACACCGUUACUUUCUUCUGAAUCUCAUACGAGCGUGGAAUCAGUUUUAUUUCAAGACUCUGAAACCAGUGAUUUAGAUUGUACUCCAUCCAACACUUAUCUCAAUGUCUUUUAUAGAUAUGGUAGCUUAGAAGCAGGUAGUGUUAAUUCUAAUGCUACUGUAAUACCAAAGAGACCACCACCCCUUAUUCAAGAUCAUGCUUUAGUUAUACCACUAUCAUUAAAUACGUCUUGCCCAUUAAAUGUAACACAAGACAGAUGUUAUGAAAUUCAUAAUACUGAUCUGAUAUUUAGUAAUGAAAAAUAUGAAUCAAAUAACAAACAAUCUUUGUUGAAUGAUUUUACAAGUAAAUUCUUAUCUCGAUCUUAUUCGCUGGAAGAAGAAAAUACAUGUAAGGAUACCAAACCAAAGCAAAGCUCUUUGGUCACAGUGUUUUCGAUAUGGAACACUAUAUUAGGAUCAUCUCUGUUAACAAUACCUUGGGGAAUUCAAAUGGCUGGUUUCCUACCUGGUAUUAUUCUUAUACUUAUAAUGAGCGGUUUAUGUUUAUACACUGCUUACUGUCUUCUUCUUGUACAUAAAUAUCAUGGUGGACAUAAGAGUAUAGAAGUGAUUCAACUGAGCCGAAUAUAUUUAAAUAAGUCUGCAGAAUAUGUUGCUAAAAUUUUUAGUAUUACCGUUUUAUUGGGAGCAACUAUCGCUUAUUGGGUACUGAUGUCUAAUUUCUUAUACAACUCUGUAAAUUUUAUACAUGAUAGUAUAGUCGGAACAACCGAAUACUCUGCUGUUGACAAUACCUCUUAUCCAUCAGAAGUAUUGUGUCCAAAGAAAACAAUGCAUAACAAUACCGGCAAUAUAAUCCAUGAGAAUACAUACAAUUCUUUGGGACCAAUUUGGGAUUUAUAUAAAACAGUUCCUGUCUUUCUUGGUUUAUUGAUAUUUCCAAUUUUGAAUUUUAAUAGUCCUACGUUCUUCACAAAAUUCAAUUCCCUUGGAACUGCAUCGAUCAUAUAUUUGAUUACCUUUGUCUUGGUGAAAUCAAUAUCGUGGGGCAUUAACAUGGAUGAAAUGGAAUGGAAAAUAAAUUGGUCAUUGAAAUCUUCGUUUCCGGCUCUUUCUGGCAUGCUGGCAAUGUCAUUUUUCAUUCAUAACAUCAUAAUUACUGUAAUGCAAAAUAAUCGUGAUCAGAACAAAAAUGGAAGAGACCUUUCUAUAGCAUAUCUUCUCGUUACACUGACUUAUAUCAUUGUGGGCGUAGUAUUUUAUAUAUGUUUCCCACUCAGCAAAUCAUGUAUCGAAGAUAAUUUCUUGAACAACUUUCAAAAAUGGAGUGGUUUGACGGUGGGUGCUCGAAUUGUUUUACUUUUCCAAUUAUUGACCGUUUAUCCGUUGCUCGCGUACAUGCUACGCGUUCAGUUGCUUUCUUCGAUAUGUAAAACAUCCAACACAGGCUGUAUUGUCUUAGUUAACAGUGUCUUGGUAUGCAUAUGUAUUCUAUUUGCAGUUUUUGUACCAUAUAUUGGUACAAUAGUACGAUACACUGGUGCUAUAAGUGGCUUCAUCUAUGUCUUUACUUUACCAAGUUUAUUGUACUUGGUAAUUCUGAAGCAACAAAAUAAACUGACAAUACUUUGUACACUUUUGCAUAUAAGUAUACCAAUAUUUGGCUUUUUAAAUCUGGUAGCUCAAUUUUUUAUCAUAGAAUCAUAAGUUAUGUUCAAUUUUGUAUUUUG